ACUCCAGAAGAUGGCAGUAGUGCAGCAGUAAGAAUGCUAGUUGCCGACUAACUUCAUAGUAGAAGAAGAAGACGACGACGACGAAGAAGACGAAGAAGAAGAAGAAGAAGGUUCUCUCAGACAGCUGUAUUCUCGAUGAAAUAAACAUGACGAUGUUGACAGUGACGAUGUUUUUGGUGCAGCUGCACUAAAAGUAAAGCACUGAACACAACGAGGCACGGUGGAUAUUGUGUUUAACUAAAUCUGGGACAAACUGUUUUGAUUACUUGGAUCAGGACAUACACCGUUUUCACGAGUUGACAAGUGGACCGUAAACACUGCAAUGCCUCUGCUGUUUUUGGAGAGGUUUCCUUGGCCCAGCCUGCAGACCUACACAGCACUGAGUGUGGCUUUGCUUGCUGGCAGCAUCUUUAGUGCCUACACCACUGUGACUGAUCCAGGCUUGGGGGGGUUGGAAACUGAUGAAACACCUUCUCCCUCUGAAGGGGAACAUCUUGAACAUCUAAACAAUGAUAUUGGUGACACAGAAUUGUCAGUCCUGGGGUAUCUUGCCACUGACAGUCUCUUUGUAUGGGUCUUGGUCAACACAUUCUGCUGCUCUUUGAUGUUAACUGCUAAAAUGAUACAGUAUGUGGUGUUUGGCCCUCUCAGGGUCAGUGAGAAGCAGCAUCUGAAAGAUAAGUUCUGGAACUUCAUCUUCUACAAGUUCAUUUUCAUCUUUGGCGUAUUGAACGUUCAGACAGUGGAGGAGGUGGUCAUGUGGUGUUUGUGGUUCUCUGCCCUGGUCUUUCUCCACCUCAUGGUACAGCUCUGCAAAGACCGAUUUGAAUAUCUGUCUUUCUCGCCCUCCACUCCCAUGAACAGCCACGUACGAGUGCUUUGUCUGCUGGUCUCCCUGCUGCUGGACUGCUGUGGUCUGGCUGUGGGCUGUGGUCUGCUGGGAGCUUCUUAUGGCAUGCAUACCCUCUCCUUUAUGGCAGCAGAGUGUCUGUUGGUGACUGUACGCACUGGGCAUGUCAUCAUGCGAUAUUCCAUUCAUCUGUGGGAUCUGAACCAUCCAGGGACCUGGGAGAGUAAGGGAACAUAUGUCUAUUACACAGACUUCAUCAUGGAGCUGGCUAUGCUCUUCCUGGACCUCAUGCACCAUAUCCAUAUGCUGCUUUUUGGAAACAUCUGGCUGUCCAUGGCAAGCUUGGUUAUCUUCAUGCAGCUGCGGUAUCUCUUCCAUGAGGUCCAACGCCGUGUCCGCCGACACAAGAACUACCUUCGUGUCAUCAACAACAUGGAGGCCAGAUUUGCAGUUGCUACUGCAGAGGAGCUGGCAGCUAAUGAUGAUGAUUGUGCCAUCUGCUGGGAUACUAUGUUGACAGCACGCAAACUACACUGUGGCCAUCUCUUCCACAACUCUUGUUUGCGCUCAUGGCUGGAGCAGGACACCUCAUGUCCAACAUGUCGGACAUCCCUGAACAUUAAUGGGGACGGGGGCCAGGCGAGAGGACCGCAGCAGGGCGGGGGCUUGGAAGACAACAUCGGCCCAGUAGGAGCUGCCCCAGAUGCUAGACCACAUAUCAACCAACACAAUCACUUCUUCCACUUUGAUGGAUCUCGCAUUGCCAGCUGGCUGCCCAGUUUCUCAGUGGAAGUAAUGCACACCACCAAUAUCUUGGGCAUUGCUCAGGCCAACAACUCCCAGCUCAUGGCCAUGGCCCAUCAGAUCCAGGAGAUGUUCCCUCAGGUGCCCUCCUAUCUGGUGAUGCAGGAUCUGCAGUUGACUCGCUCUGUGGAGGUCACCACUGAUAACAUCCUGGAGGGACGCAUCCAGGUGCCUUUCCCAACGCAGGCCAUAGAGCAUGCCCCGACACAGGUGAGCACUGGGCCAGAUGAGCAGGAAGGGUCCAGUGGAGCAGCUGAACAGGGCCUCAGUGAGGCAGACAGCAUGGAGGUAAGAGGAGGUCGCUUCUCUAAGUCGGCUGAGGAGAGGCAGAAGAUGUUAAAGCAGAGGAAAGAAGAGAUUCUUCAGCAGGCACGCAGGAGAUAUCUGAACAAAAGUCCAGAGGACCAGGAGGAUGAGGAUUUGCCGGGACUGGAGGAGGACACUGUUCCAUAUUUGAACUUGACUGUGCUUAGACGUAGAACCAUGGCAGCAGCUGCAGAGCGACGCAUGCAAAAUCAACAAGACCCUGCACCCUGAUACACAGAUUGGCUUCAUCACAUCAUCAUCCCAGGAGGCACAGACAAAGCUAUUUAAUCCCUCCCCAUUUGGUGUACAGUCAGUGGUCAUCACCUAUCCAAAACAAUAAUUAAAAAGCAUUGCAAAACAUGGCCUUUGGACUGUUUUGGGCUGCCUAAAACGGUGGGACUAUUGUGAAUGGCCUCUGCAUCACUGAUUUCAGAGUAUUUGGAGCAUUAUAUAAAUUAAUGGGUGAAGGGUCAUGAAAUGCAAGGUUGCAUUUCCCUAUAUUUACGUGCCACACAUUGCAGCUACCAGCUUCAGUAGAGAGUCAGUUUCUGCCAUGAUUGGGACUGGCUGUCGAAAAUGAGCAUGCUUUACAUUCAGACAUGUAUGAAAGGGGUCUGAUUUGUCAUUACUAGGUAAAAGCUAUUUGAGUCUUUGUUUUCCUUUUAUCAGACUUUAUUUCCACGUUUUGCUAAUGGCGGAAAGCUACGUAUUCUGAAUGGAGAAACUCAACUGAUGUAUUGCUGUGUUAUUUUAUGGGUUUCAACUGUGAAUUAAGUGUAGGCAAAAUAACAUGUUUUUAUUUCUUACCUUGGAGUAAGAGAAUGUCACUUUAGUAUUGUUCAGCCUAUCUGUCAAAUAUGAAUGUUCCUAUCAAAAAUACUGCUGCAAACAAAGUGUUUUUGACCCACAUGGGUUGUUAUGUAUUUAGCGUGUAAUUUCACCCAUAGCAAACAGUUUUGUUAUUUAACACGGGGGGGGAGUGGGCAUGUAAAUCUUAGUUUUUCUAAUACUGUUCCCUUGAGAUGCAUAGGCAACAAAGGGGAUGUAUUACAUUUUGUACAAUGACAAUGGGUGUCAUCCUCUCAGUCUUUGUUAAAUUACCCUCUAAUAAUAAGCAGUUCUCUCGCUGAAUAAGAAAAUAUUAUUUUCUACUGAAUAUAUAUAUAUAUAUCAAUGGGGUCCUUGGAAUCUGUGCCCAGCAUUAUGGAAUUUUUAGGGUAUGUAGAAAUUGAUAAGUCUGACAGCUGGACUUGCUGGACUCUCUUUUGAAGACAUUUUGUCUUGCUUGCUCUCUUUCAAGAGGCAUUUUCAUGACUUAACAAAUCUAGUUGCCUUUGACUUAAAGUGGACCUGUUAUGCUUUUUCUUAUUUUCAGUCAUAUCUGUAAUGUCACAAUCUCAGAUGGCCAUAUUAAACAUGGCCAAAGCUUCAAAUAAUGCUGAAAAUGUAUGUAAAAGUAAUCCCUGUGAGCAAAAACCUCCGAUUUCAGAUGCGUCUGAACACUCCGCUUCCAACAUAGCCUGAAAGCCAGACCCACAUCCAGCUGUUGGUUCUGGGAACUCACCGUUGGCAGGGCUCAAUCCGAGGGGCGGGAUAAACGAUUGUCUUUCAAAUUCCCUCUGCACGCGAUAGGAUAGCGCUACAACCAACCAGAGCAACAAAGAACGUAGCGGAGCUAGUUGAUAGAUUAAACUUUUGCCGUAUCCAGUAGGCAAUUUUUUAAGAAUGACUUCAGUGCCGUUCUUUGUUCUUUUCUCAAAGAAAAGCAUAACUCCAAGUCUUUCAGAGUCUCGGCCAAAGCCGAUUCAAAAGACCGCUGUUCGCCAGCAGCAGCAGCAGCCAUCUUCUUUGUACCGGAACCGUCGCAACUCUGCCGUCAUUAUGUUAAGCCCGCCCACCAACUCUAGACACGAUGUGAUUGGCCUGACUAGAGUUUGGUUUUUCCAGCUCGCAAGCCAACGGAGAGUGCGUCUAGAUUUCUAGGCUACUUCCGACAGCAAGUUAUUGGUGAUUUUUCCCGCCAGAAAGUGCGGCCAUACUCCUUUUUAAAGUCAUCCCUGCCUGCAACGGAUGGUAUAGAGGCAGUAACCCUAAAAUGCUGACCAAUCACAGCAAACUGGAUUUUUUCGGGAGGGGGUCUUAAAGAGACAAGCGCUCCCACAGAGUGUCUCAGACAGGGGGAGUUCUAGUAGAAAAAGUAUGAACCUGAAAAUGAGCAUAACAGGUCUCCUUUAAUAUUUCUAGAUAUUGUAUGACCUGAAUGACUGAUAAUCUAGUUCUAUUUAGGUCUAUUUGUGCUGCAUUUGUCUACUCACAUUGAAGAGUGCUAUUUCAAAAAUUAUAUUAGCGAGGAACGUAAUCAUCCUUGAUCUGUUCAAAAUUUAGAGUAACGUUCAACAUGGACUGGGCCCUUGAAAUGUUUCAAAGUCUGUAGCUGGCUGAGGCAUCUUAAUGGACACAAAGAUGGAGACUGUAUUAUAAGCGUUUCAUUUCUUGUUAUUACAGUGUAAGGGUAGUUUGGGGUAAGAUUUGCAUGAAUCUAGACAAGUUCUUUUUGUUUCAUUCCACUUUAUCCCAAAGAGCAGCCUGCAAACUUACACUAAAAGCUGAAGUGUUGUGAUCUUUAUUUUAGUGUUUAUUUUAUUGCUCAAACUCUGUUUUCAGGGUGUUGUAAGAAGAUAUAAUAUAGGAUUUAGAUUUGAAUUAGUCAUAAUGUAAAAAAAGAAUUGGACAGUUUUGUUUUCAUUUAGUUAUUUAACAACUCUUAAUAUCCAUGAUAUAUUUUCCUAUGCACGGGAUUUCUUUCAAAACCAUUGCUUAUUUAAUCAAAACUGAAACACUUUUUGGACUGAGCUUUCCUGUAUUUUUGUGCCUAAAUUAAGAAUGGUUCAGUUAUGGAUAAUUUCUGUAAAUCUAGUUUUUGUAAAAUAUGUUAAUACAAAAGACUCAAUAAACAGAGCUUCUACAGCUUUUUAACAAA